AUGGACUUGUGGACGCGGACGGCCGUGCUUUUGCUGGUGACCUCGACGGUGACCAGCACUCCGCUAAUAAACGAGCUCGCGCCCGGCAAAGAAUGGCCGCAAAGAAACUCUGUGAAGCAACCGCUGGACGAUGAGAAAGAGACAACAGUUUUACCUUUAACAGAGGGGGAGGCAGCAACACAAACCGAAGACCCAACCGGUAAAGUCGAGGGUCCAGAGGAGGUUGUCAUCGAUGCUUCCCCGCCAAUUCUUAGAAUUGGUGGAGAAGGCAAAGUGGACUACACAGGAGCACAAGUGUGGAAGGUUUCUACAGAGCGAAUAAGUGUCCGGGGCGUUAUUACUCGAUUAACCAGAAGGAAUUUGAUUUCUACGUGGGGAGGAAACCAAACGUCAAUUGACAUUCUUGUAAAGUCCAAUGCAGUAACGAACGUUACACGGGUGUUUAAGAGGGAAAGAAUACCCAUCGAAGUGCUCAUAGAGGAUUUGCAGCAGAGAAUUAACGAAGAGAAUCCACCUCUAGAUGCCAAUGAAAUAGAACUACAAGAUAGAAGAGGUCACCGUAUGACUUGGAAACAAUAUCAUAGAGUCGAGGAUAUUCACGGUUUCAUGGACUACUUGGCGAAAACGUAUCCGAAAAUCGUCAGCGUAAAUUCAAUUGGGAAAUCUUACGAAGGAAGAGACUUAAAGGUUUUGCGUAUAUCAGACGGAAAACCGACCAACAAGGCCGUUUUCAUAGACGGCGGGAUCCACGCCCGCGAAUGGAUUAGUCCCGCUACAGUCACCUACUUCAUUAACCAGUUUGCGGAGAAUUUCGACGUUGAAACCGACGACAUUAAAAACAUCGAUUGGUACUUCUUGCCGGUGGUGAACCCAGACGGCUAUGAGCACACUCAUCAAUCUGAUCGCCUAUGGCGGAAGAACAAGAAGCCGAGCGUGGGCUCACGAGGUUGCGUUGGGACAGACCUUAACAGGAACUUUGGAUAUCGCUGGGGCGGAAAAGGUUCAUCGGGCAACCCGUGCAGUGAAAUUUACCGUGGCAGCAGAGCGUUUUCAGAGCCCGAAUCGAAGGCACUAUCGGACUUCAUCAAGAACAGUGCGUCUAAGUUCAUAGCAUAUUUGACAUAUCAUAGCUAUGGUCAGUAUCUGCUUUACCCAUGGGGUUACGACAAUGCUGUACCCCCAGAUCACAAAGAUUUGAAUGAAGUUGGAAAUAGGAUGGCUGCGGCUAUAAAGCAAACUCGUGGCUCAUCAUAUCAAGUAGGGUCAUCCAGUGGACUACUAUAUCCAGCCUCAGGAGGUUCAGAUGACUGGGCAAAGGGUGAAGGCAUCAAAUAUUCCUUUACAAUUGAACUUAGUGACACUGGACGAUAUGGUUUCAUACUACCCACAUCCUUUAUUGAACCUGUUGCCAGAGAGUCAUUGAAUGGUUUGAGAGUGCUUGCUGCACAAGUGGCUAAAGCA